UUGUUGCACCCCUCUCGUGAGCCUCGUCCAAUCAUCAACAACUAUCAUGUUUAUUAGUCGACUCCUUUUAAUAAUAAUAAAAUAAAAUCCCUCCCUUUUUAGUUUUUACUUCCUCGUUCCCAAUUUCUACGACAACAAACCCUAAUUUGUUUAAUCGAAUUAAUUCUCCUCCACUCUCACUCUUCACCAAUCCACCCUUCUCUUCGAUCUCUCUCUCCUCGCUCGACAUGUCUCAGGUGGAUAACAGAAAUCCUUCAAACGCCAAGCGUGCUCGAACAGAUGGUGGUCGUAGGGAAGAUGACUGGACUUGCCCUGGUUGUGGCAAUGUCAAUUUCUCGUUUAGAACAACCUGCAACAUGCGAAAUUGUACACAGCCCAGACCAGCUGAUCACAAUGCGAAACCUGCAUUAAGGCCAAUGCAGCCUCCCCAGCCUUACUCUUCUAAUGCACCAUACGGAGGAUCUGGACCUCCACCUUCUUCCAUGUACAUGGGAAUGCCACCUUAUGGUUCUUCUGUUUUUAAUGGAUCAUCGAUUCCUCCUUAUGAUGUUCCAUAUUCCGGGGGAUCAGCAUACCAUUAUAAUUAUGGAAAUCGCAUCUCUGGAGGUAGCCCCUACCGACCAAUGCCUUUGUCUGGACCACCACCACCAUAUUCUGGUGGAUCUAUGAUGGGAAAUGGUGGAAUGUAUGGUGUCCCUCCACCAAUGAUGGACCGUUAUGGCAUGGGCAUGCCACCCAUGCCUCCCCCUCCCAUGGGCGCAAGACCAGGAUUUUUUCCAGAUGACAAGUCUCAGAAAAAAGAUGGCACACGAGACAAUGACUGGACUUGCCCUAAAUGUGGAAACGUGAAUUUCUCGUUCAGAACAGUUUGCAAUAUGAGGAAGUGCAACACACCAAAGCCUGGUGCCCAGGCUCCAAAACCAGAGAAAAGUUCAAAGCAAAAGAUGCCUGAAGGAAGCUGGAAGUGUGAAAAAUGUGGUAAUAUAAACUAUCCAUUUAGGACUAAGUGCAAUAGGCAGAACUGUGGUGCUGAUAAGCCAUGUGAGGAAAAUAAAUCACCUUCUCCUGCAGCAGAUGGCAACGAUCAGCCAUGCAUUUAUUGAUUCGCAAUUGUCUACUGUUCCAGUGAGUACUAGGACAUGUCUGGUUAUUGGGAAGGUCCAGAGUUGUCGUCCAGCAUGCUCAAUAUCGGUGUCUGAAAGUCAGUCAUGUCGUCUUCCUAUUGCAGCGGUCACUCUACCUUGCUCAUAAUCUGUGUCGAGUUAUUGUAUUAUCUGUUGUGAUGUCUUUGUGGAUCCCUUUUAUUCUGUCCAGCUAAGUCUGGCACUCUGGCGAAGUUUUACCUGAUUAGGUAUUGUUACUAUGAGAUGAAUUUAUUCAUUUAGAGGUUAUGUCAGCAUGCAACUGCGUAUUUUCAAUUAGUGGAAAAUUAGCUACUGCAGUCUGUAUUUUCAGUAAUUUUUUAGUUUUAUUGUCUAUGCAGCAUACGGUCCUUGGGUGUCCAGGGUUUUCUUGGGUCACUUAAUAUUGGAUUUUUUUAAUACAAGUGUUCUUGUAGUUGUCUUAGUACCUAGAUUAAAGCUAUCCUUUUCCAGCGAUCUUUGUUCACAGUUGUGGUACAGAGAGAACAACUCCUUAUUUGUACCCCAGAAUCUGCAUUUUCACCUUGCUAAUUCCAACUCAGCUGUUACUUUUGAGGUUUUUUGUCCUGCAACAUGAAUUUUAUGCUCA